GAUGGUGAUGGUGAUGAUGAUGAUGAUGAUGAUGAUGAUGAUGAUGAUGAUGAUUUGAUGAUGAUGAUGGUGAGGAUGAUGAUGAUGAUGGUGGUGUUGAUUAUAUUUAUGAUGACGAUAAUGAUGAUGAUGAUGAUGAUGAUGAUGAUGAUGAUGAUGAUGAUGAUGGUUAAUGAUGAUGAUGAUGAUGAUGAUGAUGAUGAUGAUGAUGAUGAUGAUGAUCGAUGA